UGGGAACCAAUGAAGACACUCUGAUUGAGAUCCUGUGCUCUCGCACCAACCAGCAAAUCUUGCAUAUGGCUGCCACCUAUCGAGAGCUUUACAAGAAAGAUAUGAUUAUGGACGUCAAGGAAGAUACUUCUGGACAUUUUGCCAAGCUUCUUUGUAUCCUAGCAAAGGGGAAUCGUCCAGAUCCCUCCAAUGUGGUCGAUAAUGAGCUGAUCGAUAUGGAUGCACGGACCCUGCAUGAAGCUGCAGUGAAGAACCGUACUUUUGAUGCGGACAAGUGGAUCACUAUAAUGACUGAGAGGAGUAUUCCUCACCUGAGGAAAGUUUUUGGAAGAUAUAAAUGCUACAGCUCCUAUGAUAUGUUGGAAAGUGUUGAGCGUGAGGUCAAGAAAGAUCUGAAAAAUAACUUUUUGGCCCUGGUGCAGUGUAUCCUGAACACUCCAGCGUUUUUUGCUGAAAAGUUAUCCAACUUACAGGGAAAUUUCAAGAAGGAUAUUUUAACAAGGAUCAUGGUGUCUCGUUCAGAAAUUGACCUGCUCUUUAUCAGGAAGGAGUUUAAGAAGAAAACUGGGAAAUCCCUGCACCAAUUUAUAACCGCUUCUACAAAAGACGAUUACCAACGAGUCCUACUGGCUCUGUGCAGAGGUGAUGAUUAGAGGCGUCAUCUCAGACAGGAAUUCCAAUUCCGUACCUACUCUUAAGUCAAAGAAUUGCUCCAUAAAGCUGUGAGGGGACCCUGUCGGAUUAAACCACUUAACCUUCCUCACUGUGUCUGUGUAAAAGUCAAGUAUUACAUUAGUUAACUGUAACAAGUUUGUGCUUGAAAAAUUCUCUACCAUAAAUCAGUCAAUCUUUGAAAAACUGCAAAUAUCUUACCUGUUGUUAACUGGAAAUAAAGCUUUGAACUUGAGCUACAUCUCAUCUCAGAACCACCGCAUGCUGUUUUGAGGUUUGAGAUCAAAAGGAUCCAAUGUGUGAACUGGCACAGUUUGUUCACCCGUAGCUCAACACAGGAGAUUUGCAGGAUGAAGUGUUUUCAGGCACAUACAUAAGAUGUUGCAUGUAGUGCAGUACUUAGUCUGGAAAUGCAUUUUGCUAUCAAGCCGCAAUGUCUUUUUAUACAAAAUAAAGAAAUUGGAUUAUUACUGUAA